AGACAGAAUUUUGCCGCUUAGUAGUUUUUUGAGAAUUUGAAUUUGCACUGUUAACUGUCCUUGAAUGCAGAGGGGUGAUGUGUAUGUGCUGUGGAUUAUGUAUCUGGGUACUCAAGGACUCCUACUACCCGAGCAUUUCUCAGGUAACUAAAUUAGAAAUGGCAACAGAAAUCUGUUGAAGAAGCAACUUCAUUACUCAGAAGGGUUCUGUGUGUAACUUAUUAUAUUCUGUUUGUGCAGAAUAGUAAGUAAAAGGAACAGCUUCUGUGCUCAGCAAGGCACGGAGUUGGUUUUACUUCUUAUAGGAAUUAAUUUCACGGCUUGUGGGUAGUACUUGUUAAAACCUUCCUCUUGCAUACAGACCUUCCCAGACAGCUGGUUGCUUUUCAGGGAAUUGAAAAAGCAUUCAUUGCUGUAGAAAUAUGUGCAGUGAAAAUAGAGACUGCUGCCUGGACUGAUGUAUUGGACAGCUUUGGUGAUGGCCAGACACACCUUCAGUUGCACUCCCUGUGUGUUGGAGAACGGGUUCAGGAAGCAGAUAUGCUUAUGUUGGAUUUCUGAAGAGCUUUUCCCACCACCUUUUUUUUUUUUUUUUUAACCUGCAAGAAAGAUUUUUAUUUUUUUUAAUUACUUAUAAAGGUGACAAUAAUCAAGCUUGGAUUUCAGGUUAAUGCAGUAACACUAGAUCUCAUUGUGAUUAGACAGGCAUGGAAAAAUGAGAAUUGUUUUUAUCAGCUUUGCCAGUUGAGCAUCUGGUGAUGCCUAGGGGGUGAGUGGCAUAGUGCAUUGAAAAUUAAUUGACUAUCAACUUCACAUUGCUCAUUCAGAGCCCUACAAACGUUUAUUAUUCAUGAUGUAUGGCAUCCUUCCAGGUGCUGGAUGGACCGCACUGAGAUGACGGUGCAGAAGGCACAGAAAGGAACACGUCACGGGGGGUUAAAACUGAUAUUCACUGCUCCCUGUCCCAUCUCAGACUUGCUCUUUGGCUCUGCCCAAAGCAUCUACUGUCCCCUAUAUGUAAAAUGGAUGCACUAAAACAAACUCACUUUUCAGUGAAUUAGCAUUUGAUCAACUUUAAUUUUUACAUCCUUGUGUAGGAACAGCUAAAUGGCAUUAUUUACCAUCUGUUGUACUAUUUUUUUCAUUACUAAGUGGAGUUUUUGAAUAUGUUAUAAUGACUGACACUCAUUACAAAUUUUGAGUUUCUGCUUUCUUAAUGUGGAUCUUUCUGCAUGGCAGCAGUUUUCUGCUAACUAAUAUGUAUUCUAGAACUGUGCUCCCAGAUUAAAUCUAUCACGUUUUUAUAGUCUGUCUCCUCUGGAGCUGGCAACAAAUGGAAGCACGCUAAUGUGCACCAGGGACAUCAUUAGAGGGGUAUAUGUGUUGUUAUUGGUUAGAUUUGUUCCUGCCUUGGCAUCAUGGACAUGAACCUGAUUUCUCCAUGUAUUCUCCUUUCCCUGCAGGUAUUGAGAACCUGCCAUUUGAAUUGCAGAGAAACUUCCAGCUCAUGCGAGAUCUGGAUCAGAGGACAGAAGACCUCAAGUCGGAGAUCGAUAAGUUGGCCACAGAGUAUAUCAGCAAUGCACGAACUUUGUCUUCAGAGGAAAAACUGGGGCUUCUCAAGCAAAUCCAGGAGGCCUAUGGGAAGUGCAAGGAGUUUGGGGACGACAAGGUUCAGCUGGCUAUGCAGACCUACGAGAUGGUUGAUAAGCACAUCCGGCGGCUGGACACAGACCUCGCUCGCUUUGAAGCAGACCUGAAGGAGAAGCAGAUAGAGUCGAGUGACUAUGACAGUUCUUCCAGCAAGGGCAAGAAGAAGGGCCGAGCCCAGAAAGAGAAAAAAGCUGCCCGUGCUCGCUCUAAAGGGAAGAACUCUGAUGAGGAAGCACCAAAAACUGCCCAAAAGAAAUUGAAGCUUGUCCGCACUAGCACAGAGUAUGGGAUGCCUUCAGUCACCUUUGGAAAUGUGCACCCUUCGGAUGUACUGGAUAUGCCCGUGGACCCCAAUGAGCCUACUUACUGCCUCUGCCACCAGGUCUCCUAUGGGGAGAUGAUUGGCUGCGACAACCCAGAUUGUUCCAUUGAAUGGUUUCAUUUUGCCUGUGUGGGUCUGACAACAAAACCAAGAGGGAAAUGGUUCUGCCCUCGCUGUUCGCAGGAGAGGAAGAAGAAGUAAAUUCCCAUGAAACCUCAGAACUGCUGCAGGAGCUCUCUUCCCCCUGCCAGGGCCUCGUCCCAGUUCCCCCAGCCCUUGGGGCCUUGGCUGAGGGGGAGUCUUGCCCUGUUUGUGGUUUGGGCCAUCCCUGGAAUGGUGUGUACCCUCACAGUGGUUCCUGUGUGUUCUGUAUCCCAGGUUGCUUCCAAGUCCCUAAGGGAGGACUUCUCUGUGUACUAUUCCAAACAGGUCUCUGAACCUCAAAGGGAAUGAAUGAGGGCACCAGGGUAGCCACCAGAUUCCCAGGGAUUCAGGUAGCCCCUGAUUUUCCUUGGCUUUCCUUCAGCCUCCUCAGAGUUCAUUGCCUACUCUGUGCUUAGAGAACAAGGCUAUGGGAUGGGGGAAGGAAAGGAGGUAAGUCUUCAGCAUUUUAGGUCAUUGAUUUUCCUGGAUCUUUUUCAGGAGAGAGGGAGUAACCAGGCUACUUCUUAAUCUAGUGGACUGGUUGAGAAACUGAAAACCCGAUGUACUCCCUGUCUUUAACCAUUCCAUUACUGGCAUUGAGCAGCCUCUUUUGCUGGGGAGAGGAGGAGGCGGAGGGAGUGUUUAGAGCUAGCUUUGUCUCCCUUAUUCCUGGGGUAACCCUGCUGGUCUGGGAAGCACAUUAUGGGAAGGAGGAAGAAUUUCUAACCACAUGGGGAGAAGUGGCUUGGUCUAGCCUGUCUUCCGGCUCCAAAAAUUCUGCCUUCCCUUUGUGCAGUGGUGCUUCUCCAUUAUGUUGAUGGUGGAAAGUUUGGGGAUCAGAUCCCACUUGUAUAAAACAGAAUGAAAUAAAAUUCAUUGAAACAAAUAUUCUGUUUGCCUUGCUGUUACCUCCAAAAUAAAUUGUGGCAAUUGG